AUGGUACCAGGAGAUGGGGUAGGACCAGAUCUGAUGUCUAGUGUACAGGAUGUCUUUCAGGCUGCUGGUGUGCCGGUUGAUUUUGAGGAAAUUUUCAUCAGUGAGGUGCAGCCAGCUCAGAGUGCCACUGUAUCAGCUGUUAUAGAAUCUUUUAAACGUAAUGGCGCUGGCUUAAAAGGAAUAAUUACUACACCAGCUAGUUUUAAAGGUGGAGUUCUACGGACCUUGAAUAUGAGAAUUAGACGAGAAUUAGAUCUGUUUGCUAAUGUUGUUAGAAUAAAGAGUUUACCUGGAUUUAAAACUAAACAUAAUAAUUUAGAUUUUGUCAUUAUAAGAGAACAAACAGAAGGUGAAUAUAGUGCUCUAGAACACGAGAGUGUAUCAGGGGUGAUAGAAUGUUUAAAAAUAGUAACAGAAGAAAAAUCCAGGCGUAUAGCAAAGUUUGCUUUUGAUUAUGCUAUGAGAUUAAAUAGGAAGAAGGUGACUGCUGUCCAUAAAGCAAACAUUAUGAAAUUAGGUGAUGGGUUAUUUUUAAAAUGCUGUGAAGAAGUAGCAGCUCUGUAUCCUCAUAUAGAGUAUGAAGCUAUGAUCAUUGAUAAUUGCUGUAUGCAGCUGGUAUCUAAUCCUCACCAAUUCGAUGUUAUGGUAAUGCCUAACCUGUAUGGUAAUAUAGUUGAUAAUUUAGCAGCAGGAUUAGUAGGAGGAGCUGGAGUGGUACCAGGAGAAAGUUACAGUCAUGAUGUAGCAGUGUUUGAACAGGGAGCUCGACAUGCCUAUGCUGAAGCUGUGGGAAAAAAUAUAGCUAACCCUACAGCAACCCUUCUAGGAGCUUGUAAUAUGUUAAAACAUAUUCAUUUAGAAUAUCAUUCAAAAUUAAUAGAAGAUGCUGUACAUAGAGUAGUAAAGGCUGGAAAGGUUAGAACACAAGAUAUGGGAGGUUAUGCAUCUACUAGUGAUUUUACUCAUGCUGUAGUCAAUAGUUUACAUUCAGCAUAG